GUGGAGGCAGCAGGGAUCAGCCUGGGGCCAGCAUGAGCCGGAGGGAGGGAAGUCUGGAAAACCCCCAGCCUGACUCCUCACCCCUUCCCCUCUUGGAGGCCAAGAUCCAACAGACACACAACCUUGCCCGCCUCCUCACCAUAUAUGCUGAGCAGCUGCUCCAGGAAUAUGUGCAGCACCAGGGAGAACCCUUCGGGCUGCCUGGCUUCUCUCCUCCGCGGAUGCCUGUGGUGGGCUUGAGCGCUCCGGCACCCGGCCACUCGGGCUUGCCGGCGUCCGAGCAGCUACAGCUGGACGCCCGGGCGCUGGCCGCGCUGCCACCGCUGCUCGACGUGGUGCGCCGCCUGCAGGCUGAGCUGAACCCGCGCGCGCCGCGCCUGCUGAGGCGCCUGGAGGACGCGGCGCGCCAGGUCCGGGCCCUGAGUGCCGCAGUGGAGGCCGUUAUGGCUGCGCUGGGCGCCGAGCCCCGCGAGCCCGGGCCCGAACCCGCCGCUGCCGCUGCCGCUGCCUCAGCCGCUGCCACCGCCGCCGGCGCCUUUUCCGCCAAGGUGCUGGGGCUCCGCGUGUGCAGCCUCUAUCAUGAGUGGGUGAGCCGCACCGAAGCUGACCUGCGCCAGCUGGUGCCUGGGGGCCCAGCCUAAGAGCGGGCGCGGCCCUCAACUCACUGGCACCUUCCCCUCAUCUUUCUUCAUGUCUCCAUCUCUGGCAGUGUCUCCAUCUCUCUGUCCCUGUUGUCUCUAUUUGCGUUGUAUGCUUUCGAUCUAUUUUCUCUCUAGGGACCCUCUUGUCUCCAUAUGUGACUUUCCAUGUCCAUUAUAUUCUUGCUUUCUCCUCCUUUCUCCAUCGCUUGGGUCCGCCUAAGUGUCUCUUGGUCUCCCCUUUACCCUUGGUUUCUGGGGGUCACUUUGUCUCCCUUUUUCCUCUCUUAUCCCCUUUUGGCCCCAUAUAAGCACAUGCACAGCUCAGCCUCAUCUCAAGAAAGGGACACCUUGUCACUGUUUCCCUCUGUCCCUCUCCCUCUCCCUGGAGUCAUUUCACCUGCUGCCCGCUCCCUUCCUCAUCCCAUUCCUGCCCCCUCUCCGUUUCCUGUCCUUCCCUUCCUUCACUCCCGUCUGCCCUAUCCUUGCAUCUCCUCUUCCCCCCAGCCAGGUCUGUGAAGAGAAAUGAUUGACACCUUAGAAGAGUUUCAUUUCUUAGAAUAAAUCAAUUUUUUCUGUAAAUAAAAUGUUAAAAAAAAUAAUA